AUGCUACACUUUCUGACUGGUGUGUACAACAGCCUCUUUAGCACCCCCGAGUACAAUGUCCUGAUUGUCGGCUGCGAGUGCGCCGGCAAGUCGACGCUGCUGGAGCAACUCAAGUUCCUCUACACCCCAGCCGCACAGCAGCAGCAGGCGUCUUUGUUGGCAGGCCGCUCCAGCAGAAGCGCAGACGAGGGGGCGAUCACCGCGACAACAGACACAGUGACUGAAGCCCCCACGACGCCACCACAGCAGCAACAGCCGCGUAAACAUCCGCUGCCGCCCGGCACUCCACUUCCCGCCACAGCAAUGCAACUGGCACAGAAGCGUAUUCGUCCGACAGUGGGCCUCAACUACGCCGUGGUGCAGCACCGCUUCAGUCCCCAUGUCUCGGCUGUUACCCUGGUGAAAAAGUCGCAGCUGCCAUUGCAGGCCGUCGCCUCCCUGCCGUCGCCACCGCAGGAUCUGCUGGACGAGCAACGCGCACGCCAACAGGAGGUUAUGGCCAACGCGCCGAGUGAUGCCGUCACACGUGUGGUGCUGCGAGACCUCGGUGGCCAAGCUGCGUUGCGCGACCUAUGGGAGAAAUACUACCCGCGAAGUCAAGGGAUCGUGUACGUUAUCGACAGCACACUGCCUUUUCGCAUUACGUCUGCGUCGCCGUCAUCGCCACCAUCCGCCGCAGAACAGCCGCCGCGUGAUCACUUUACCAAGCAAGAGUUGAAGGAAGCGUACAAGCAGGACCGCGAGCUACUCGCGCGACUCCUGCAGCACCCCCUGCUGCACGGCGUGCCGGUACUGAUCCUCAGCAACAAGACGGACGAGGUUACCCACAUACCCCUCACAACCUUGCAAGAGGCGCUGCAGUUGGCGGAACUGGCAGCCGAUCCGACCUUCUACAUGCUGCACAACAGCAGCGGUGGCAACAAAGCAAGAGAGGAGCUUGAGAGUCAACAGAGACUACAUGACAGCGACAGUGGUGGCAGCGAUCCUUCGCAACUUCCUGGUGCCGCUGCAUCCCCGAUCGGUGCGCCACUCUCACGUCUCUGCACCCGCUCAGAGGAGGUGCAGCUGCGUGUGGGAGGGAGCGGCUUCGGCGAAAUUUCCAUGCGAGUGGCAGAGGUAAGUGCGCUCGAGGGAGUGGGGGUGGCGGGGGCCAUGGACUGGCUGGUGGCGCAGCUGCUGCACCAUGCACGAGACGUGGAUAGCAGUGCCUGA